AGAGGCUGGACCUGGGGUGGAGAUGGGAGAGGCCAUCUGCGGCAUCCUCCUACACGGCCGUGUGGCUUCCGAAGCUCGUGCUCUCUGUCUCCGCGACCGCGUAGGCCAAGGUUUUGGCCGGAUCUGAUGCGCCGGCGACGCGGCCGGAGCUGGGGACCUGGGCUGGCAGUGGCAUAGCUCCUAUCCUACGACGGACGGCGUCCCUGUCACAGCUUCCGGUCGUCCUCGUCUGCGGCGUCGCCGUCUGAACGGGAGGGGAGGGGAGGAAUCACGGCUGUUGGCCCACUUCUCUAUUCCUUCCUUCCACAAGCACAAGACGGCGCUUCAGUUGGAUUCCUUCCCUCCACUGGAGUACGGCAUUCGCCACAGCAGACCAGCGGCGGAGCGAUGGCAGCAUCCUUCUCCUUUGCCCGUGCCCGUGUGGUUGCUCUGUUCUUCCUGGUCGCUGCCCAUCCCCAUGGAUGCUGCGGCUGCGGUUAUCUGCCUGAUCUAUUCUGUUACCCACCUCCACCACCUGCACCCACCACCAAUGUCCCCACCACCAAUGUCCCCGCCACCAACGUCCCUGCGUCCAAUAUCCCCGCCUCCAACUCCAGCUCCGACGAGGGCUGGCUCGAUGCCCGGGCCACCUGGUACGGCGCUCCCAAUGGCGCCGGCCCCUACGACAACGGUGGUGCUUGCGGGUUCAAGAACGUGAACUGGCCGCCUUUCUCGUCAAUGACGUCGUGCGGCAACCAGCCGAUCUUCAAGGACGGCAAGGGGUGCGGCUCAUGCUACCAGAUCAGGUGCGUGGCCCAUCGUGCCUGCUCCGGCAUCCCGGAGACGGUGAUCAUCACGGACAUGAACUACUACCCGGUCUCUCGCUACCACUUCGACCUCAGCGGCACCGCCUUCGGCGCCAUGGCCAAGUACGGCCGCCACGACGAGCUCCGCCACGCCGGCAUCAUCGACAUGCAGUUCAAGAGGGUGCCCUGCCAGUACCCGGGGCUAACGGUGACGUUCCGGGUGCAGCACGGGUCCAACCCCAACUACCUGGCGAUCCUGGUGGAGUACGAGGACGGCGCCGGCGACGUGUCGCAGGUGGACAUAAUGGAGUCGCGGCUGCCGGACAGGGCGCCGACGGGGUACUGGACGCCGAUGAGGGAGUCGUGGGGAUCCAUCUGGCGCCUGGACAGGCUCCGCCCGCUGCAGGGGCCCUUCUCGCUGCGCGUCACCGACGAGUCCGGCAGGUCGCUCGUCGCCGACCAGGUCAUCCCGGCCUACUGGCAGCCCAAUGCCGCCUACAGAUCCCUGGUCCAGUUCGAUGAGACGUUGCCGAUGUCGCUUGUCACAUCCGGUGCCGCCAGCCGUCGUCGUCUUGUUCUACCUAUGAUGUAUUCGGCCGCGCUUACGUAUGUGUGGCCUUGUGUACGUUCGAUACUGGCCGUGUGAUCAUCUGCACCUGCACCGCAGGAAGAAGAAACAAAAGAUUGAACCUGGAGUUUGGCUGUCUGUGUUGUAGUAGUAUGUGAGUAGGAAAGAAAGCUCGUGUUUAGAUGCCUGCAUUAGGCUCGUUCGAUGCAACGAUCACUUGUGAUUCACUGCAUUAAGAUAGUUGCCUCGUAUUUUUGUCA